GAGAUUAACAUUUUAAUACCUAAAUUUAUUUUAAAUUUAAGCAUAAAAAUCCUUAGGUGAUAAAAAACAUAUAGCAUUUCAAAGAGAAAGCCUAAGCAUCUAAAGAAAUUGCAAAAUCUAUCUAUUUGAUUUACAAAUUUAAGAUCAAUAUUUUUAUAGAAUCUCUAAAUCAUUUAAUUUAAUUUCAAUUGNGAUGAAUUCUUGUAAAAUAAUAAUUUAAAAAUGGAGGAAUAAUUAUACAAAAUUGUCAUAGUUGGUAAUAGUGCAGUUGGAAAGUCAUCAUUGUUAAUUCGUUUCUGCGAUGAUCAAUUCAGAGAUAUGUAUUUGAGUACUAUUGGAGUUGAUUUUCGUUUUAAAUCAUUAAGGGUUAAUGGAUAAGGAGUUAAAUUGUAGAUAUGGGAUACUGCUGGUUAGGAAAGAUUUAGAAAUAUUACCAACUCUUAUUACAAAGGAGCAUAAGGAAUUGUUGUUGUUUAUGAUAUCACAAACUUAAAGUCUUUUGAAGAUAUCCGUAAAUAUUGGAUGAAUGAACUCAAUCAUUAUGCUGAUGAAAAUGUGUUGUUGAUGCUCUUGGGAAAUAAAAAUGAUUUAGCAACUGAUGAAUCUAGAUAAGUAACUACAACUAUGGCUGAAGAAUUGGCCAAAGAAUAUAAUCUAAAAUUCUUUGAAGUAAGUGCUAAAACAAGUGAUCAAGUAUUCAUUAUUAUUAUAAGCUAGGUUGAAGCAGCAUUUCAAGCUUUUACUUAAUCAAUUUAAGAAACUGGUUUAGCAGGCAAAGUAAGAAAACCAUAACCCCAAUAAUAUUUACAAACUCCAUUACCUUAAGAAGAAAAACCCAAAAAAUAGGACAGUUGUUGCUGAUUUAUUUGUUAUAUUUAAGGAC